UGUGCCAUUAGGACGAAUGGUGAACGUCCGUAGGGUUUAUAGUGAUGAGGACAAAAGAAUUAUUCUUGCAGCCCUUUUGCGUAAAACAAAGCCAGACGUCUUGAGUUUUGGUGUAACAAAGGAAGUGGCGGCACAGUUUAUGGUACCAUUGCGAGUUGUGCAACGUGUAUGGUUUGAUCAUCUUGAGGGUAUUGAGAAUGUUUGUAACAAGAAGCCUUUGAAUUGUUGGUGUAAAAGAGUUGAAGUUGAUCCCGCAGCCAUCAUGCAAAUUCCACCAUCCAAGAGAACAACUUUGAAGGACCUAGCUUUUGAGCUGAACAUGUCGAUAUCCACUUUGCACAGGAGGUUCAAGGAGAAGGAAUUUAGGAGGCACUCAAAUGCCAUCAAACCUCGCAUCACGGAUGACAACAAGAAAGAAAGGGUUCGGUAUGCACUCAGUAGGCUAGACCCGGAUAGUGUGGAUCCUAAGUUCCAAGGCUCAUACAACGUCGUCCACAUGGAUGAAAAAUGGUUUUACAGAACCAAAGGUUCUCAAAAUUAUUAUUUGGCCAAUGAAGAGGAAGAACCAUACCGAUCAUGUCAAAGCAAGAAUUACAUUGAGAAGGUCAUGUUUCUAUGUGUUGUGGGGAGACCACGGUUUGAUGAGGAUGGCAAUUGUAUUUUUGAUGGUAAAAUUGGUAUGUUCCCUUUUGUGACCGAGAAGCCGGCGGAACGUCGUAGUGACAACCGCCCUAGGGGAACAAUGGAAACUAAAACGAGGAAUGUUACACGAGCUGUUAGCCGAGAGUUCCUUAUUGAAAAAGUCUUGCCCGCUAUCAAGGAGAAGUGGCCGUUGGAGGAUCGUUGGAGCCCAAUAUUCAUUCAACAAGAUAACGCCAAGACUCAUGUGUCGCCAAAUGAUCCCGAAUUUUUAGAAGCGGCUGCUGCAGGUGGUUGGGACAUUAGACUAGUUUGUCAACCUCCAAACUCUCCGGAUACAAAUAUUCUUGAUUUGGGUUUAUUCGCCGCUCUCCAAUCGUUGUUUCAAAAAAAAUCACCAACUUCUAUUCUUGACAUUCUCAUGAAGGUACAACAAGCAUGGAAUGAGUACCCAGCUGAGAGGAGCAAUCGUGUCUUCUUGACACAUCAAACGUGCAUGGUGGAGGUCAUGAAGCUUAUGGGAGAGCACCGGUACAAGAUCCCUCACAUGAGGAAGGGGGUUCUAGAGAGAUUACAGAUUCUUCCUCAAGUGCUCCAUGUUGAUCCCGCUAUUGUAAACGCCGCUAGAGAGUUUAUCAUGUAGAGAGUCCAAUGGCCAAGAAUCUUCAAUUUGUAAUGGCAUGAAAUAUCUAAGUGAUGCAUGAACAUUGCUAUGCCAUGGUACUAAUCAGUUUUGCAUUACAAUCUCA